AUGCGUAGUUUUUACGAUAUUCUAGAAGUAAGUGCAUGUGCUAGUGCUGAGGAAGUAAAACGUGCGUAUUUCGACUACCUGAGAAGAAUCCAUCCCGACAAGUCUGCAGGUGCUGCGAAAAGUGAAGAUUCUAUAGAUUACGCUACCUUUAUUUGGACCACACUCAAGGAUACGAACAAGCGUCGUGAAUACGAUUGCUGGCUUCGAGAACAGCAAUAUCGAGAGACAAAAGGCACUGUAGCGGAGCGAAUUGAGAUUGGUUCCGACGACACAGAUCCGAUAGUAGAGCCUUGCCGUUGUGGAGAUUAUUAUAGUAUUGCUUCCGAAGAGAUCCAAAAGAUUGUCGACGUUGGUAUUUUUGAAUGCGCUUCGUGCUCCCUUUGUCUUGAGGUUUCAAAAGCGCAACUGGAUACUGCAUAG